UAAUGGAUUAAAAUAUUUCCCUUAUUAAUAUACCCUGUACGACAAUCUGUUGCCUCAUUUACUAAAUUUACUAAUGAAUAUCUAAUUAAGUUCAGAUAGGACAAGAUAAAAAACAAAUAAGUAGUUUAAAUAAAUAAAGAUAACACUUACAUGCAAACUUAAACAUACAUCACAAUCACAAUGCUCACGAUUUCAUUAUUUUGUUAGAUCUUCUGUGAUUCAAAAGUGCUGGUUGAUGAUAUUUCACGAAUAAGUAUGAAUAAUGGAUUGUGUGUACGAACGCGCACUUUUUGAAGUAGGAUCAGAUGGAAAGUUUCAAAAACAAUUUGAUGUGUUUUUUAACUUCGUAUUUGCAUCUUUGUGGGCAAUGGCGUAUAACAACAUUAUACUAGCACUCGUGAUUUUGCCACAUACUUGCCAAAUACCACAGGAUUCAAACAACAAUGAUGACCCGUAUUUAAUGUCUAAAUUUAUACCCAUCGUCAAUGAUUCUUCUGGUAAAAUUCUAUACAGUAGUUGCUUAAUAUACAAGAAUCCUGAGAAGUCGAAUUUGACAAAAGGUUGUGAUACCUAUUCAUAUAACCAAACUUGGUAUGGAUCUACUGUUCCAUCAUCAUAUAAUUGGGUGUGUGAUGACGAGAUAAAAGUUGCAAAUAUUUUUGCUUAUAGUAAAAUUGGAGAAGUGGUUGGAUCUAUAAUCUUUGGAUGGUUUGGUGAUAUAAGUGGCCGUCGUAUUACCUAUAUAAUAUCAUUAGGACUACUUAUUUCUGGACGCAUUAUAUCCAUUGUCACUAGCAAUUCAUACACAAUAUUUGUGAUUGGUUGUGUUAUUGCUUGGUUUCCAUCAUGGUCCACAGUACAAAGUGUCACUGUUAUAUCAAUGGAAAUAUCAGCUCCAAAAAGAAGAUCAUUGACUGCAACCUAUCGUGCAAUUGCUUACAGUACUGGAAUGUGCCUCAUGCCAUUACUAUACUGGUGGCUAAGAGAUUGGAGACCUUUUAUGAUUGCCACUACAUUAACACAGUUGCCAUAUUUGAUAUUUUCCUGGAAGAUGCUGGAAUCUCCUAGAUGGCUUUUUGUUAAAAAUAAAAAAGAAAUGUGUGUCAAAGAACUGCAGCGAAUCGCUCGAACGAAUAACGCAAAACUUAAACCAGAAACUAAGCAAGAAAUUUUAAAAACUACAAUCAUUAACGAAGACCAUGUUCUUGGUCCUUUGUCUCUAUUUUUGGGCAGGAAUUUAGCAAUUAAUACAAUAUUACAACUCUAUCUUUGGGUUGCAGUGAGCUUAAGCUAUAUGGUUCUCAUAAUGAGUUCUGGCGAAAAAGCAAAUGGAAACCCCUUUCUGGAAUUUGCAUGGCAGUCGAUAGUAGAAAUUCCAGCAACUUUUGUGGGUGCAUGGCUCGCAGAUAAAAUUGGGCGGAGGUACACAGGGAGUGUAUCUUAUAUUUUAAGUGCAAUAAUGUGGACAUUAAUAGCUUCAAAAGAGACCGGUAUGUAUGUUUCUAUUUGUCAGAAUAAAUGAAGGUUUUUUUUAAAUUUGCUCAUGUAUUUACAGGUAAUGAGACAUCUUGGGUUCACAAUUGGUGGAUAGGCACAACACUUGUCCUAGUUAAUCGAUUUUCUGCCACUGUUUGUUAUUAUGUCAUCUAUUUAUUGAACAUGGAAUUGUAUCCAACCUGUCUUCGUCAAUCUGGCAUGUCACUGGGUAAUCUUUUUUCUAGUGGAGCAUGUGCCAUUGCUCCGUAUUUGUUGUACAUGGGUCGUCGCAUUGAUUCUCGGAUUCCUGGGGUGGUCCUAGCGAUUACUUCAUUUUUUGGGGUUUUGGCGUCUCUAUAUUUGCCAGAAACUUUAAACGUUAAAUUGCCAGAGACUGUAACUGAAGCACAAGAUGUUAGGAGAAAUGUCACCUAUAUUUCUUUAAAACUAAAAAGUUCCAAACUGCACAAAAAAUCAAUAAACAAAGGCCAAGAAGAAGAAUAAAUAAAUGAGUAAAACUAAAAAGAAAAGUACUAAAUAUAAGAUUAUAAUCAUUUAUUAAAUUCUUUGAAAACAAUGUAAUGCGUUUUAUUACAUUGUUUUUUACUUUAUUUCAGUUACUCAUCUUCAUUCUUCUUUUAUUAAUAAACUCAGAUGGAAUUUUAAUAGCAACCAAUCUCAAAAGAUCUAUUGGCAAGAUCCACGAUGGAUCUACGAAGUAUUGAAUCAUAACCAUUUGGAAUACGAUAACAGAGAUUUAUCGAAAUUAAUUUAUUCGUUUGUCUACUCGUGUUGGUUAUUCAGAUGCUAUUGCACAUACACACAAGAACCCUGCAGCCCUGUGAGGGUAUCACAAACAUUAAUAUAAUGACUUAAGGCAUGGUAAGGGUUUAUUGUAAAUGGAGAAUCCUAUGAAAAAGGUGAAACGGAAAUGCGUCACGAGCGUCACAUGACUAUAUAUAUAUAUAUAUUAAUAUUUAUAUAUGUGUGCGUGGGAUGCGUGCGCAGCUCUUCCCGAUGAGCUUGAAAGUUGGAGGGUAACCCGGCGAAGGCUGAAACGCUAUGAGCGUCAAGAGCGUCACACACGACAAUAUGUAUACACAUACAUGAGUGAUGCCGGCGCUGCUCCAUUCCCCGAUUGCCCUGUGCACCGCUUUAUGUUAAGUUAUUUGGGUCAUUCUAUUCUACUGCGAAAAAGUGUGCAGUCAAAAAAAUACAAAGAUAAAUUAACAUUCUGGUUUUUUUUUUCAUUAUCAUAACUGAAAACGAUGUUCUUUAUCAUCUGUUUAUUUAAUAAACGGUAUUAAAUUAAAAAUUAAUUCUUAAAAAUAAAAUUAAUAAUGCGUAUAUCACGUUCUGUUAUCUGUGUAUUUCACAUGUUACCACAUUAAGGUAACAAAGAAAAAUAUAAUGUGCGAGUUUAGGAUGUUGUUAAUAUCGCAAAUAUUGUAUUAAUAUAAUCUAGUUUAUGAUAUUACUAACAGUAUAAAGGUUAGUGCAAUCUUACAAUACAUUUUACACGAUUCUACUCUUGUUACAAUUUUCACUUCAUUUCUGUGAUCCAAGAGUAUUUUGUAAUAAAACGCUAGUAACAUUCUUCAUAGGUAUUUUUUUUAUGCAGUGACAACACUACAUUACCUGUCAUUUACGGAACGGCUUCAAAGUAAAAAGUGCUAUCGUUAGUUUUGUAAUAAAAACCAUUUUGUUAGUAAUUAUUACUGUGUAAAAGUUGGUGUAUCAUCUCUGUUGAGGCUGCAGAAAGGUAAGCUUAUCAAAAUUCAAAAAAAUAAUAUGCGGACGGAAUCUAUUUCACUGUUUGUUUUAAUAUACCUAAGAGUCAACUAGUUUACUCUUAACUUUGAAUACAACGAAGCGGGUAUUUCAAAAUUUUACCAUUUCUGUUAUCGUCACGUUCUGUUAUCAUAGUGAUAACAGAAAUGAUAUAAGAUAACAGAAAUGAUAAUAUUUCUUUUAUAUUCAUUAUGUUCAACUCUGGCUGUUCUAAUUAAUCAAUACACAAAUUAAAAAAUAUUCUAAUAUUAUUGAAUUGAAUCUUUGUUUUCUUCAAAAACGUUAACUUAUAUAGAAAGACAUUUCUAUAACAGAAGUGAUUGUGGGAUCACUGAAUUUAACAGUUUUAUUUUUAGCCGUAUGAAUCGUCGCACUCGACAAACGAAAGAAAAUAAUGGGGCCAAAACAAGUGAUAUUCGUAAAGAACAAGUAAAGCUUGCUAUGAGACGUCACCGACAAAAGAUGACAGAAGAACAGCUUGAAGAAAGAAGAAAAAAAGACCGUGAAAGGUAUAGGCGAAGAAAAGAACAGGGAUUGAUAAAGAGCAUUUCUGAGUUGACGCCUCGAGCUAAGAGAACAGUGAGAAAGCUGUGGAAAGAAAGAUCAAAAAGAUAUCGUGAUAAGAAAAAGUCCAUGGAACAAAUACAUAAACAGGCCGAAGAAUUUAUUAAUAAUGAAACUCCACCAGAUAGUCCAAUACCUUCUAGUUCCCGAUCUAGAGUUGAAUCAGGCAAGAGAACAGGGGAAAAGAAUAGAAGGCGUUUGAAAUUAGAAAACGUGUUACUAAAAGAAAAACUGCGUAUAAUGGAAAACAGAGUAAAAAAAUACAAAAUGCGUUGUAACAGAGCUGUAGCUAAAACAAACAAACAAAAAAGUGAAGCAAUAAUAAAUAAUAAAAAACGUAAAAUAAAUAACACUAAAAAGCAGAUUCAAGAGUUUCUAGAGUAAGAUGAAUGUAGUAGAUUAACAGCAGGAAAGAAGGAAACAAUGACAAGAAAAAAAAUAAAAAAGCAAAUUAGAUUAUUAAAUGAUUCACUUUUGACUUUAUAUGGCAAAUUUAAAAAUACAGUGAACAAUAAAAUUUCAUAUUCGCUCUUUUGUCGCUAUCGUCCUUUUUGGAUUGUUUCUCCAACAAUAAGACAAAGAGAUACGUGUUUAUGUAUCCAUCAUACUAAUAUGGAACUUAUUACCACAGCCUUGAAAACAGCAAAAGUCAUUAAUGAACGCACGCCUGUAGCACUCGUGAAGACUAUUUGCUGUGAAGGAAAAUUAAGAGAAGAAUGUCUGCUUAGAAAAUGUAAGAAUUGUCAAAAAAAGAAAGUACAGUUCAAUAUCAUUCAAAAUAAUGACCCCAUACCAUAUUUUCGAUGGGUUACUAAAAACAUACCAAUUUCCGUUAAAGGAAAGGAAAAACUGUGCCAAAAAACAAUAAAAGAAAAUAUUUUAAGUCCUAAAAAGGAAGAAAGGAUUUAGCUAUCCAUUUGCAGUCUAAAUUACCAAAUUUUAUGAAUCAUUUAAAUAAUAUUUACCAUCAAUACCAAGCAAUAAAUAGUGUCAAGAGGCAGGUUGAUAAUAAAACUGCCAUGCUACACAUUGAUUUUGCUGAAAACUAUGUUUGCAAAUAUGCAGAAGAGGUCCAAGCAGUACAUUUUGGAGCUUCCAAAUCACAAAUAUCUCUUCACACGGCUGUACUUUACCAUUUUGGCGAAUUAGAUUCCACCAUAACUCCAUUUUGCACUGUCUCUAAAAAUCUAAGACAUGACCCGGUUUUUAUCUGCAAUCAUUUAAAACCAAUAAGUAAAAUUAUUAAGGAUUUACAUCCUAACCUAAAAACAAUGCAUUUUGUCAGCGAUGGACCAUCUUCUCAAUAUAGAAAUAAAUCCAUGUUUUUCUUAAUGGCUAAUUUCCUAGCAGUGAAAUUAAAUGUUCAAAGCCUUGUAUGGCACUAUAAUGAAGCUGGCCACGGCAAAGGUUCACCUGACGGAAUUGGUGCAAUAGUAAAAAGAACCGCAGACCAAUCAGUAGCUAGGGGUAAUGAUAUAGCUAACUUUGAGCAACUUAUCACGUGUUUGAAUGAAAAUUGCAGAGGAGUCCAAAUUCUUUCAGUUGAUGAAGAAAACAUUACGGAAAUAGAGGAGUUGAUGGCAAGAAGUUUGACUCCUACAUUUAAAGCACACUGAAUGUGCAUCAAAUAACUUGGAGUAAAAAUAACCCAGGACUUCUUCACGCUCGAAAGUUAAGUUGUAUGGAUUGCCGUCCCCAUCAAAUCUGUCCUCAUUAUGAAAUAGGUGUGAUUAGCACGGAGACUGUUCAUAACAGAUUCGAAAGUAGUAUUCCUUCCUCACCCCCUAAUACUGUAUCUGAAAAAACAACUAAAGAAGUUCUUCCUUCGUCACCCCCACACAGUGAGUGUACAGUUACAGAUGUCGAUUCAUGUCAUUCGUCACCAGAACGCUGUUCUCCUGCAAUAUAUUCGUUUACAGUACAGCAAAGAGUUAGCGAUACUGCUGAUUCUGAUUGUGAUUCCAGUCUAUCUAGGCAGUUCCAUCAGUCCCCACAGAAAAGUGUCUAUACUACAAAUGCCGAUGGUGAAAAUCCGACAUGGUUUGACGAUUCAGAUGAUGAAAAUCCACCUGUAACGGUAGCAGUUUUAUCAGAACGAAGCAGAAACUUCUAUUACAAAUCAUGCUCUUCAGAUGACAGCUUCGAUAGAGACUUAAAGAGGAAACAGUUUAUAGAUGCAACAAUAAAUUCUUCAACAUUUGAGAAAAAACGAAAUAAAAAGAAACGUUUCAUGCGUAUCGAGUCAUCAAGUUCAUCUGAUGAAAAUAUAUUUUGAAUUUUUCUACGCUGAUCUCAAAAAUUACAUUUAUAUAUAUUAUUAUGUUGAUUUCAUACAUUAUUUGUUUGAAUUUGUUGAUUAAUUGUUGAUUUCAGAUAUAUUCAUUUAUCCAUAGGGGUGUUAAUACGAUUAAGGAGAGCUAAGAAACUAAACAGAGGAUUUUUAUUGCUAAUAAGUUUCGCACAGUUAAGUGAUAAGGGCUGUGACGUCAUUUCCGUGAUAAAAAUAUUUUUUAUUUUUACGUUUUGAUAGUUCCAUCUGAUUUCAAUUAUAUUUAAUUUUGAUUAAUUUGCCUUUUGAAUCUAUACUUUAAACGUAUAAUUAUUUAAUUUAAUUGUUGUUUAAAACUAUAAAUACAGAAUAACGUCAUAUCUGUAAAGUGUAGCGUCAUUCCUGUUAGCCACUUAUUUUUAAUUUUCGUCGUUUUCUCGGAAAUUACUGAGAAACGAUCUCUGUGUCUAAUUAUAAUGUUUAUUGUUUCUGUUGAUUAAUAUAAUAAACCCAAAAUAAUUCAAG